AUGUCUGCUAACUAUCUUGUCAACGUGCCGAAGCUUACGGGGCGCGAUAACUACAGUGAAUGGUGUUUCGCGGCGGAGAAUUUUUUAAUUCUUGAAGGCAUGAAACAUUGUAUCAAGCCAGAAUUAAAUCAAGAAAUUAAAACCGCAGAUGACGAAAAAACCAGAGCGAAAUUGAUUAUGACGAUCGACCCGUCAUUAUACGUUCACGUGAAAAAUGUUUCAUCAUCCAAAGAAUUGUGGGAGAAGCUGAAACAAUUAUUCGAUGACAGUGGAUUUUCACGAAGGAUAAGUCUACUAAGGAAUUUGAUUUCGAUUCGCCGAGAGAAUUGCAGUUCAAUGACGUCUUACGUGACGCAGAUUAUUGAUACAGCACAGAAACUCAGCGGAACAGGUUUUGAAAUCAACGAUUUAUGGACAGGAUCAUUGCUAUUAGCGGGAUUGCCUGAUCGAUUUUCCCCUAUGAUCAUGGCAAUAGAGCAUUCCGGCAUUCCUAUAACGGCAGAUUCCAUCAAAACAAAACUGUUGGAUAUGGAUUUAGCAAGUCAUGACGAGAGUGAAGUUAGCGGUGCAUUCGCUAUUCAGUCAAAAAAGAAAAACAACACAAAUUUGUAUAAGGCCAGAAAAAAUAAUGUUGGUAGCACUGAUAUGUCAAAUGUCAAACAGAUAAAAUGCUAUCGAUGUAAACAAAUCGGCCACUAUAAAAAUCAGUGUAAAAACGAAAAUAACUCGUCAAAUCAGAAAAAUAAGGAGAGAAUGCAAUCAAAUGCUUUUAGCGCAGUCUUUUUGAGUGGAAACUUCAACAAAGAUGAAUGGUAUAUCGACUCGGGCGCAAGUGUACACCUCACAGCCAAUGAAAGUUGGGUUAUGAAUGCACAAUAUGAACAAAACAGAGAAAUAAUUGUUGCUAACAGUGAAAAGGUGUCAAUAUUGUGUUCUGGAGAUGUGAAAAUUACGACUACAACAGAAAAUCAUGAUUACGACAUUGAAGUACGCAACGUAUUAUGUGUGCCAAGUCUGACAACAAACUUGUUAUCAGUAAGCCAAUUAAUAAAGAAUGGUAACAAUAUCUCUUUCAACGAAAGUGGUUGCUCAGUUUACAACAAAAAUAAUAAUUUGGUCGCCACAGCAGCGUUAGUAAAUGGUGUGUAUAAGGUUAAUCUGCUAAAACAAGUUAGUUUAGCAGCAUCAGUUGUGUCAGGAGUAACAUGGCAUCGCAGAUUAGGACACGUAAAUAAAGAUUAUUUGAAUCAGAUGAAGAACGCCGUCCAAGGUAUGUCACUUGAUGAAAAAGUUGACAUUAGCAAAUCUUCCUGUUCAACAUGCUGUGAAGGUAAACAAUCUCGGUUACCAUUCAAGAGCACUGGUCAGAGAAGCAGUAACAUAUUAGAUAUUGUCCAUACGGAUAUAUGUGGACCUAUGGAGAAUAUGUCUAUAGGUGGCUCAAGAUACUUCUUGUUGUUUGUUGACGAUCAUAGUCGGAUGACAUUUGUUUAUUUUCUGAAACACAAGAAUGAGGCUUUGAAGUAUUUCAAGAUUUUUAAAGCUCAAGUGGAAAAUGAAACAAAGAGAACAAUCAAAGUAUUAAGAAGUGAUAAUGGCCUGGAGUUCUGCAGUAAAGAAUUUGAAGAUUACCUGAAUAGUUUUGGCGUGAAACAUCAGAAGACCAAUCCAUACACUCCUCAACAAAAUGGAUUAUGUGAACGAUUCAAUCGUACAAUAGUAGAAAAAGCCAGAUGUCUACUAUUUGAUGCCGUUUUAGGAAAAGAGUUCUGGGCUGAAGCCACGAAUACUGCAGUGUAUCUGCAGAAUCGAAUUGUGGCAGCUGCAUUAAAUAAUAGAACCCCAUAUGAGCUGUGGACUGGCUCUAAACCUGAUAUAAGUCAUAUAAGAAUCUUUGGAAGCACUGUUAUGGUCCAUGUUGCAAAAGAAAAGAGGAAGAAAUGGGACAAGAAGUCUUCGAAAUGUAUUCUCAUUGGAUAUCCAGAUAAUAUAAAGGGAUACAGAGUAUACAAUCCAGGAACAAAGACUGUAACAACCAGUAGAGACGUGAUCAUCAUCGAGAAGGAAUCAAAUCCUGAGCAUCUCAUUGAAGUGCAAGUUCAGAAUGUUGAUUCAGUGGGGGAUAGAGAUAAGUCUGAUGAUCCCGAAUUAAGAGCUAGCCAAAGUUCGCCUGAGCAACAUAAGAGUAUGUCAACAUCCACUCAAAAUGACUCUGAAAGUUUUUUAAACAGUUUGCAGUCUGAUGAUGAGACAUAUAUUCCAAGCGACUAUGAGGAUGCAGACAGCACACUCGAAGAGGUUCAAGAGAAUAGCAAACAAUCGCGGUCUACAAGGACAAGGAAGGCACCAGAGAGAUUUGGGUUCUCUAACCUGUGUGUUGACAGUGAGACAUAUGAUGAUGCGGCUGGCUUGUCAGUACAUGAUGCCUUGAAUGGACCAGAGAGGGAGCAGUGGCAGUCGGCAAUGCAGGAAGAGUUACAGUGUUUUAAAGACAAUGAUGUGUGGGAGUUAAGUGAAGCUCCAAAAGAUGGUAGAAUUGUAAAAUGCAAUUGGAAGAAGGUGAAAUUGAUGUAA